CGCAGGUGGAUGAUUGAUUCUGCUUGCGCUCUCACUGGAUCUCAUCAACCAAACACGUAGCCAAAGGAAAUCAGUAUCAAGUAGCCUACUGCUAACAUUUUAAAUGUGAGCUUUUAAAUUUGGUCUGUAAACUAACGCAUUCCGUGAAUCGUUAGCGGUUGCCGCGGCCUGGCUUUGUUGUUAUCCAAACUAGCACUCCAAUCCAACCCGUUUGUGUAGCUAGCUAACUAGAUUCAGUCAGAGUUGAAGUGUGUCUUUUAUUUUAUAUUUAGUCAUCUAUCAUUGCAUUGUGGGUAAAAUGUCUUGCGAGGAAUAAGCUAGCUGGCGACUAGCUAGGUAGUCAGCUAAAUUAUCUUGACCACAACCGUUGCUAAACUAAUUGCCUACCGGUUUGUGUUAAUCCCUGUUGGACGGGAUGAGUUGUUAGCUAUUUUAGCUACAUAUAUAUUUUUGGAACUAUCCCACGAUCAAGGUUAGUGAAAAUCCCCCAGAACUUGUUGAGGUCUCCUCUUUUAGAUCCACCUCCAGCCCGACCAUGUCUGAGCCGGGUCCUGGCUGUGGUGAUCCGGCCCAGAGGAGCUCACAACAGGGUCCAGAGGUGGUGUCAGUGAAGCUGGAGGACUGCGGUCAAACACUGGAGCUCAAUGUGAUUGUGAAGGAGGAAGAAAACAGUGACUCGGGAAAGAGCUCCGACCCAGACUCAGACAGCAAGCCCAGUCCCACAGCAUCAGGAAACCGCAGACAGAAGCCCCAACCCUGCUGUAGCGACAGUUUUAUUUAUCCAACUCGCCACAAAUCACACCAACAAACUCCCAAAAUAAAUAAGACUUACCUUUGCCGUCAAUGUGGGAAGAGUUUUCAGACACCAAGCAAGCUAAAGGCUCACCAGAGAAUGCACAUUGGAGAGAAUCCUUACCCCUGCUCCCAGUGUGAGAAGAGCUUCAAUCAUUCAGGAAGACUUAAGGACCAUCAAAGAGUACAUACUGGGGAGAAGCCUUACCACUGCUCUCUUUGUGGGAAGAGUUUCAGUCAGUUAGGAAACCUGAAGACUCAUCAGAAAAAUCACAAGCCUUACCACUGCUCACAAUGUGGGAAGAGUUUCAGUGAGAAAGUAAAACUUACGGGACACGAGAGAGUACAUAGUGGAGAGAAACCUUACCACUGUACCCAAUGUGGGAAAAGCUUCAAUUAUUAUUCAGUACUUAAGGAACAUCAAAGAGUACAUACAGGGGAGAAGCCUUACCACUGCACACUUUGUGGGAAGAGUUUCAGUUGGGCAACAAACAUAAGGAAUCAUCAGUUAAGACACAUUGGAGAGAAACCUACAUGUACUCUCAAUGUGAUUGUCAAAGAGGAGGAGGGCGAACAGAGACACAUUAAGGCAGAAGAGCGAGAAGUUGAGGUAGAGGUGAAGGAAGAGGCUACAUAAGCUAACUCCAUAGGAAUGUAAAGGCACACCUCCUAUCCUUUGCAAUGCUGUCUUCUGUGACAGGGCAUAGGCAGCAACAUUGAGGGCUAUCUUUUAAAGUAAUGUCUCUUCUAUGUCUAUUCUACUUCUAUAAGUGUAUUGGAAGGUAGAAAAUCAACUCCAGAAGGUACAUACCACCACCUACUUUGAUAGUGUACAAAGCCAAGAUUGGUGAUUUACUGCCAGCUGUAGUUAUGGAAGGUCAGCUCCAUAUAAUUCACUGGUUGACCCCUCCUGCUGACCUGGAUGGAAUUCUGUGAUCCUUCCUAAACGCAUAAGGGACCACGUUAGAGACGAGUGAGUUUCGCUUUAACGUGUUAUCCACUGGGUUGUACUCGGUGCUCGUUUUUUCCUCAGUCAAUCAAUCAAUCAGUAGUAAGUCCCCACCCAGUUGACUACUUUAAAGUGUUGAAAACCCUCAACGGCGCUGCCUGUGAGCCUUCUAUCCACCUCUAUGGUGGGAGAACAAAGUGUUGAAAACCCUCAACGGCGCUGCCUGUGAGCCUUCUAUCCACCUCUAUGGUGGACUGCCUGUGAGCCUUCUAUCCACCUCUAUGGUGGACUGCCUGUGAGCCUUCUAUCCACCUCUAUGGUGGACUGCCUGUGAGCCUUCUAUCCACCUCUAUGGUGGACUGCCUGUGAGCCUUCUAUCCACCUCUAUGGUGGACUGCCUGUGAGCCUUCUGUCCACCUAUGGUGGACUGCCUGUGAGCCUUCUAUCCACCUCUAUGGUGGACUGCCUGUGAGCCUUCUGUCCACCUCUAUGGUGGACUGCCUGUGAGCCUUCUGUCCACCUCUAUGGUGGGAGAACAAAGUGCUGCUGGAUAUAUAUAUGACACAGU